AUGGACAACAACCAAGUUGACGUACAUGUGAGUGAGGGAAGAUUAAUCGGCAUUAUUGAGGAAGCUGUCUAUGGCGGUCACUACGUUGCUUUCCGAGGAAUACCGUACGCGAAGCCGCCGGUUGGCGAGCUCAGAUUCAAGGAUCCGGAACCACCGGAAGCAUGGUCCGGCAGCAGAGAUGCCUCAAAAUAUGGAAACAUUGCUAUUCAAAUUGAUAUAAUGAAACAAGAAACGGUGGGUGACGAAGAUUGCCUUUAUCUGAACGUAUAUACUGCAGAUAUCGUUAAAAAACGUCCAGUUAUGGUGUGGAUACAUGGUGGCGCUUUUAGACUGGGUUCCGGUGAUGCUUCCGUGUACGGUCCUGAUUUUAUUGUUCAGAAGGACGUGGUACUAGUAACGCUGAAUUAUAGACUAGGAGUUCUUGGUUUCCUGAAUCUCAAUGAUAAAGUAGCAACGGGUAAUCAAGGUUUAAAGGAUGUGGUGAUGGCUCUACAAUGGGUUCAGAAAAAUAUAUCACAAUUCGGUGGAGAUUCAAAAAAUGUCACUAUCUUUGGCGAAAGUGCUGGUGGAGUUAUCGUGCAUUGUCUAACUCUGUCUCCGUUGAGUAAAGGAUUAUUUCAUAAAGCGAUAUCGCAAAGCGGCGUCGUUACGAAUCCUUGGGCCUUGACUGAAUGGACAGACAAAACGAUGAAUAAAGGUUUUCAACUUGCCAAAAAAUUUGGAAAAGCGACAUCAGAUCCAAAAGUCGCUUAUGAAGUUCUUAAAAAAAUCGACGCGAAAAAACUCGUAGAAACUGCACAAAAAGUUCUUACUACAGAAGCAGAUCGUAUGCAAUUUACAUUACUAUUUACACCCAGUUUAGAUUAUGAAUCACCGAAUCCAUUCUUUCCUGAACAUCCAUCCACGUUAGCACGUCACGGAGUUAAAGUACCAUUCCUUUUAGGAAAUACCAGUUGUGAAGGAUCUUUUCUCAUAUCCAGUACAUUUUUCGGACACAUAAGUAAAAAUACUCUUAAAAAAAUCGAUUCUGAUUUUAAGAAGACCAUAAUGCCAAAAAUUUUAGCCAUACUACCAAAAAUACCGAUCACAGUCGAAGAAUUACGAUUUUUAUAUUUUGGUAACAAAUCAAUAUCAGACGAAACUCUAAUAAAUUACGCUGAUUUUCUUGGAGAUCUCAUGUUCUAUCGUGGCACUAUGGAAGUAGUCAACAUCCAAAUGAAUUCUGGUUGUCAGACGCCAACAUAUUUGUAUACAUUUUCUUAUGAAAGUAAAACUUACAUCGGAAAGAAAAUAAUAGAUAUUCCGUUUCCUGGAGUGACUCAUGGCGAAGAUAUAUUUUAUUUAUUUUAUCCUCAUAUGAUGAAAGAUUUUGGUGUUCCACCACCUGAACCUAGUUCAGAGGAUUAUAAAAUGAUAAAUCGUUUAACGCAAAUGUGGACAGAUUUUGCUAAAACAGGAGAUCCAACGCCUGCUAUUACGGAUUUGACUCCCGUUAAAUGGACUCCAGUGAAGCAUGGAAAUAUAUACGAUUACUUAAAUAUUGAUAUUAAACCUCGGAUGAAAAUUAUUCGUAAAGGAGAACAACGGUGUGAUUGGAAAAAUAUAAAACAUAGGUUAUGAGAUACUGUCUGUAGUAAAACAUUAGUUACAUUAAAAUGUACUUAAUUUUUAUGUUUAUGUAAAUACUAUUUUAUUAUACUGUAAAAAUAAAAUCACAUUUAUGUAAAAAA